AUAAAAACACCCGUCUCUCUCCGCGUGGGUAGACAGACACUCUUGGAUUGUUCUGCCUCGUCUUUCACUUUUAUCCACAAGCUGAAAAACCUUCGUCGUCGGACAUGAGGAGCGUUUUAAUUGUCUUCACUUUGGCGGCUGUAACUUCAGCUCUGAGCUCGUCUGAAGAAGAGUUCCAGUCAUGGAUGGCUCAGCACAACAAAGUGUACAGCCUGCAGGAGUAUUCCCACAGGCUGAGCAUAUUCACAGAAAACAAGAAGACCAUCGACAAACAUAACGAAGGAAAUCACUCUUAUACAAUGGCACUGAACCAGUUUUCAGACAUGACAUUUAAAGAAUUUAAGAAGUUCUUCCUCUGGUCUGAGCCACAGAACUGCUCUGCUACCAGAGGAAACUACUUCAGAAGCAAAGGACCUUUUCCAGACUCUGUUGACUGGCGAAAGAAGGGAGACUAUGUGACAGCAGUAAAGAAUCAGGGAGCAUGCGGCAGCUGCUGGACUUUUUCCACCACCGGUUGUCUGGAGUCUGUCACUGCGAUCGCCACUGGGAAGCUCACACCACUGUCGGAGCAGCAGCUGGUGGACUGCGCUCAGAACUUCAACAACCAUGGAUGUAAUGGUGGCCUCCCCAGUCAAGCAUUUGAAUACAUCUUGUACAACAAAGGCCUGAUGACAGAAGAGGACUACCCAUACACAGCUGUUGAGGGGCCUUGUGUGUAUAAACCACAGCUGGCUGCCGCUUUUGUGAAGGACGUUGUGAACGUGACAGCGUAUGAUGAGAUGGGGAUGGUGGAUGCCGUCGCCAACCGCAAUCCUGUCAGCUUUGCUUUUGAGGUGACCUCUGACUUCAUGCACUACCGGCAAGGCGUCUACACCAGCACUGAAUGCCACAACACUCCAGACAAGGUGAACCAUGCAGUGCUGGCUGUUGGGUACGGAGCGGAGAAAGGUGCUCCUUACUGGAUUGUAAAGAACUCAUGGGGAGCCGGCUGGGGCAUUGAUGGGUACUUCCUCAUGGAACGUGGGAAAAACAUGUGUGGACUCGCUGUCUGCGCGUCUUUUCCAGUGGUGUGAUUCUUUCACAUCACUGCACUAAAGGGCUGAAUGGGAGAAGCAAUUUUUCUACUGGCAUAUCAGUUGCCUUUUGUCUGUAAAGUGGGUUUUUUAGCAUGAUUGAAACUUUUACUUCAACACUAUGACAGGACGUAUCAAGUAGUCGCAUCAAGAUCAGUAAAUAAAAAACUGGUAAUCAAUAAAACAUAAACGAUUAGGUUACUUAUAUUAUGUAUCUGUACUGUUGCCAUUACAUUCAUAGAUAAAAUAAAUUCUCUCUGGUGAUGAAUAUUUUUUAAAAUAAAUCUUUUGUGAAGAGUGUC